UCAUUAGUAUUAUUAUUGCAAGAGUGACACGAGGAAUGCCACUUGGGAAAAGAAAGCAUCGCCGUGUCACUUUCUCCCAAGCCAAACAGGCUCUUAAAAGCAUAAUUGAAAAAAAAAAACAAAAUACCGGCCACGGGAAACUUAAGUCAAGAAAACCUCUUUCGAAGCAAUCCAAUAGAUUAUAGAUGCAUUAAGUAUUUGAUCAAGCCAAAUAUAUUCCUGUUCCAAUUUACCACAGCCCUAGUCCGUCUUCCUCUCAUCGAUCCUUCCUCCCUCGUGUCCCUUUACCUCCUCCCGACCUGCAAUUAGCCGCUUCUCCCACAAAGCUACAUCGUCGCAUCUCUUUCUCUCUCUCUCUCUCUCUCUCUCUCUCUCAACAAAUCGGUGUUCAUUUUCUAUAACUUCUUUCCGACUUGAAUAUGAACAUGAUUAAAUCGUUGUAAGAGUUGGUGUUCGAUUUGGUUGUAAACUAUUAAGAGAAGUUUGAUGGAUACCAAUAAUUGGAGGCCCACCACAGGCCAAGGCCCUGUAGGAGGGAUAGGAGGUGGAGGAGGAGCAGGGGAACCCACCAUGGACGCCGGCGAUUGGAGGACCGAAUUGCAGCCCGAAGCUCGGCAGAGAAUUGUCAGCAAAAUAAUGGAUACAUUGAAGAGGCAUCUACCCGUUUCUGGUCAAGAAGGUUUGCAGGAACUCAGGAAAAUAGCUAUCAGGUUUGAGGAAAAGAUCUUUACUGCUGCCACAAGUCAGGGAGACUACCUACGAAAAAUAUCUCUAAAGAUGCUUACAAUGGAAACAAAGUCUCAGAAUCCUCCAGCCAAUUCUUUGCCACCCAACUCUACUGGCAAUGGCAAUAAGCCCCCAGAUCCAGGGAUGUCUGGUGUGCAAUCCCAACUUCACAAUCAAGGGCAACCACUUCCCAUCCAAUUGUCAGCUAAUUCGUCACAAUCACGGCAACUGUUAUCGCAGAACAUUCAGAACAGUGUUUCGUCUGCUGGAGUUCAAGCCACUCCAACUUUAACAUCUGCACUGCCUCCUGCCUCUAGUAUAAACCAGACUUCUAUCCCAAAUGCUGUCGGCCAGAAUACCAAUGUACAGAAUAUAUCAGGAACUUCACAGAACUCGGUGGGGAAUUCAAUGGGUCAAGGGAUUCCGUCCAACAUGUUUGCAAAUAAUCCGCGGCAAAUGCUAGGAAGGCAACAAGUUGUUUCCCAGCAGCCGCAGCAGCAACAGCAACAGUCACAGAAUCCGCAGCAGUAUACUUACCAGCAGCAGUUACAACAACAUUUCUUGAAGCAGAAGUUCCAGCCGGGAAACAUCCCACAUUCACUUGUGCAAUCUCACAUUCAGCAACAGCAAAAUCUAUUGCAAACCAAUCAGAUGCAAUCUCCUCAGCAAUCGGCCAUGCAAACAUCAUCUGUCAUGCAGCCUUCUCUCUCUGGUCUUCAGCAGAAUCAGCAGCCAUCUAUUCAACAGGCGACACAUUCCAUGCUUCAGCAACAUCCGCAUUCAGUUCUUAGGCAGCAGCAACAGCCGCAACAGGCAUCUGUUAUUCAUCCACAGCAAGCACCAAUGCAGCAUCAGCCAAUACUGCCUCCACAGCAGCAUCAACCGCAGCAGCCAAAUGCUGCAAAUAUGCAACAGAACCAAUUAAUUGCACAACAGAGCGGUGUUGGGGACAUGCAGCAGCAACAGAGGCUGCUUGGCCAGCAGAAUAAUCUUCAGACCAUGCAGCAGCAGCAGCACCAACAACAAUUAAUGGCUCAGCAAAACAACUUCUCUAGUAUGAAUCAGCAACAGUUGGGCUCUCAAAGUAAUGUUUCUGGGUUACAACAGCAGCAACAGCAGUUGCUUGGAGCUCAGUCUGUUAACUCAAGUAUGCAAACUACGCAGCAGGCAGUACACAUGCUACAACAGUCCAAAAUUCCAGUGCAGCAACAACCACAACAAAGCACAUCUAGUUUGUUAGCAACUCAAGUACAGCCAUCGCAAUCACAACCACAGCCUCCACAACAGCAAUUGAUGUCUCAGAUUCAGUCACAACCUUCACAGUUGCAACAACAGUUGGGUAUGCAACAGCAGCCAAAUUCAUUACAAAGGGAUAUGCAGCAAAGGCUUCAAGCAUCAGGUCAACCAUCAAGUACCUUACUUCAACCACAGAAUGUAAUUGAUCAGCAGAAGCAGUUAUAUCAAAGAGCCGUUCCAGAUACAUCGUCGACAUCUCUUGAUUCGACAUCUCAGACGGGGAAUGCAAAUGGGGGUGAUUGGCAAGAGGUCUAUCAAAAGAUUAAAGCUUUGAAGGAGAUGUACUUGCCUGAAUUAAAUGAAAUGUACCAGAAAAUUGCUACAAAAUUGCAGCAGCAUGAUUCUCUCCCACAACAACCAAAGUCAGAGCAGCUUGACCGGUUUAAAAUGUUUAAGGCUAUGUUGGAGCGUAUUAUGGCAUUCUUACAGGUUUCCAAAAGCAAUAUAUUACCCAAUUGUAAGGAGAAGUUGUCAUUCUAUGAGAAGCAGAUAUUAAAUGUUGUAAACACAAACAGGCCCAGGAAGCCUGUUUCCUCACUGCAGCAAGGACAGCUUCCCCAGUCUCACAUGCACUCCAUGCAGCAACCACAGCCUCAAGUUACUCAAAUGCAGCCCCAUGAAAGUCAAAUGAACCCUCAGUUGCAAUCAAUGAGCUUACAAGGUUCUGUGGCGACAAUGCAGCAGAACAAUAUGACGAGCUUGCAGCAUAAUUCAAUGUCUUCUUUAUCUGGGGUUUCGACCACACAGCAAAACCUGAUGAACUCAUUGCAGCCUGGUACCAAUUUAGACUCAGGACAGGGCAAUACAAUGAGCCAAGUACAGCCGGUGGCUAUGGGAUCUCUACAACAAAACCCUGUGACUUCUUCUCAACAGGCAAACGUCAGCACCUUGUCCUCGCAGAGUGGAUUAAAAGGGCUACAGCCAAGCAUCAAUCCUCUUCAGUCAAAUUCCAAUAUCCUUCAACAACAGCAUCUGAAACAACAGCAGGAACAGCAAAUGUUGCAGACACAAUUCAAACAACAAAUUCAACAGCGUCAGAUGCAGCAUCAAUUGCUUCAGAAGCAGCAGCAAAUAAUGCAACAGCAACAACAGCAGCAGCAGCAGCAGCAUCAGCAGCAGCAGCAGCAGCAUCAGCAGCAGCAGCAGCAGCAGCAGCAGCAUCAGCAGCAGCAGCAGCAGCAGCAGCAUCAGCAGCAGCAUCAGCAGCAGCAGCAGCAUCAGCAUCAGCAGCAGCAACAGCAACAGUUACACCAACAACCAAAGCAGCAGCUGUCAGCACAGUUGCAGACACACCAAAUUUCACAGAUUCAUCAAAUCAAUGAUGUAAAUGACCUUAAAAUGAGACAGGGGUUGGGUGUUAAGCCAGGGGUCUUUCAGCAACAUCUAUCUGCAGGCCAGCGUGCUGCUUAUUCCCACCAACAGUUAAAAUCAGGAGGUUCAUUUCCUAUAUCUUCACCCCAACUCCAGGUUGCGUCCCCACAGAUUCUGCAACACUCUUCUCCACAGAUUGAUCAGCAAAAUGUCUUAUCAUCUCUCACUAAAGCUGGAACACCUCUGCAAUCAGCAAGCUCGCCUUUUGUUGUCCCAUCUCCUUCUACUCCUUUGGCUCCUUCUCCUAUGCCUGGGGAUGCUGAGAAACCUAUUACUGGUGUUUCCUCACACUCAAAUGCUGGAAAUAUUGGGCACCAACAGACAAGUGGUGUGGGAGCACCAGUUCCAUCCCUUGCCAUUGGCACCCCUGGGAUAUCAGCCUCACCUUUGCUCGCUGAGUUUACUGGUCAAGAUGGCACUCUGGGCAAUGCUUUGAUGAAUGUUUCUGGAAAGUCAAGCAUUACAGAACAACCUCUUGAACGUUUAAUUAAAGCGGUAAAAUCAAUGUCACCUAAAGCAUUGAGUGCCUCUGUUAGUGACAUUGGUUCAGUUGUGAGCAUGAUCGAUAGGAUAGCAAGUUCAGCACCAGGUAAUGGAUCCAGGGCUGCUGUUGGUGAGGAUUUGGUUGCCAUGACAAAGUGCCGCCUCCAAGCAAGAAAUUUCAUCACACAAGAUGGAACCAAUGGGGCAAGGAAAAUGAGGCGCUACACAAGUGCCAUGCCCUUAAGUGUUGUCUCAUCAGCUGGCAGUAUGAAUGAUAAUUUCAAGCAGCUGAUGGGUUCAGAGACGUCUGACCUGGAGUCAACUGCAACUUCUAGUGUCAAGAGGCCUAGGAUUGAGGUUAAUCCCGCUCUUUUAGAAGAAAUAAGGGAGAUAAACCAGGGACUUAUUGACACAGUUGUUGAUAUCAGUGAUGAAGAUGUCGAUCCAACUGCCACAGCUGCCGCUGCUGACGGGGGUGAAGGAACCAUUGUCAAGUGCUCUUUCAUUGCCGUGGCUCUCAGUCCAAACUUGAAAUCUCAGUACACUUCUGCACAAAUGUCACCGAUUCAGCCAUUAAGAUUGCUUGUUCCCUCAAAUUAUCCAAAUUGCUCCCCAAUUCUAUUGGACAAAUUUCCAGUUGAAGUCAGUAAGAAGUAUGAAGAUCUUUCGGUGAAGGCAAAGUCGAGGUUUAGCAUAUCUUUACGAACCCUUUCACAACCCAUGUCGCUUGGCCAGAUAGCAAGGACUUGGGAUGUUUGUGCUCGAGCGGUUAUUUCCGAGCAUGCACAGCAGAGUGGCGGGGGUACUUUCAGCUCAAAAUAUGGGACUUGGGAGAACUGCUUGAGCGCUGCAUGACCAUCUUUAUGGGUUGUAGACCCACACAUAGUUACCAUUGCUAGAGUUUGUUACAAUCAACCUUUGAUGCAGAGUUUGCUGCAGCUGCGCCUGGCAAACAGUUUUUGGAAAUAAGACUUACAUUAGCUGCCAUGUUUAUCAAGGGAUAUAUACGUAGUUGCUUGUAGAGAAGUUCGUCAAUUGUCAACCUCAAUCCUCCUGGAUUGAAGACAAGAUUUGGUGUAAUAAUGUAUAUUGUAGAACACAGAAUUAAUACCGCAUUAUAGAAAUGUAUACUGGGUUGUUUCGUCUGUAAUUUAUGCCAGUUCUAAGGAUAUUUCAAGUUGAAAUUUUCAACUAUAUAUUUUAUAUUUGUCCUA